AUGUCUGGUCCUGUUCCGUCCCAUCUUGUUCUCUUGGCUGAUCUGGAGAAAUGUGCGCCCGGAACAAAGGUUCGAUUCCUGGGCUGCAUCGAUGACUACAUUGUCAAGACCGCCAUCCUGCGACUUAAACAUGGAUAUUCUCCUUCUAGCAGGAACAAGGUAGUCAACGUCAAUAUUGAACAUCUUCUCGAGACAGUGAAGCACAAUGAGGUCGAUGUUGGCACGUGGAUCAAUGUACUUGGCUAUGUCGAGCGGCGACAAGAGACGGGCAUCUUUGUACAAGCCAUCGCUGUCUGGGAUGCAGGCAACAUCAACUUGAACGCUUAUGUUGAAGCCGUUCAACAACGAAAGGCGACUGCAUAG